UAAUCUCUCUCCUUUUUUUUUUUUUUAAUUUUUUUUUCUUUUGGAAGAAGAUAUAUUUUUUUUUUCCCCUGUGGUUGGAAUGGAGGGGUUGGGUCUGUGCCUAAGAAGCAGCAGCCGAACGUCGGUCCUGGGAGAAACCCGAGUGGAUGUGGGGUCCCCUGCCAGCUAACUCUCCAGGACCCGCAGCCCCACGGCCGGGGGGCCUGGAUGCAGUGAGAGAGCCUCUCACAGGAUCAGCGUGGUGACGUGGCAGCCAAGACGAGGAAUUUUGGGACUUCCCUUCCACCGCAACAGAAUCUGGGGGGUGGGCAGGGGUGGGUCAGGGGGACACUGGGAAUCGCAGGACCCUUCACCUUCACUGUGGGCUUGGCUCAGGGAUGACCACAGGCAGAGUCAACCCUUACAGCAUCGUGUCCUCCGAGGAAGACGGGCUGAGGUUGACCACCAUGCCAGGUAUCAACGGCUUUGGCAACGGGAAAAUCCACACCAGGAGGAAAUGCAGAAACAGGUUUGUAAAGAAGAACGGUCAGUGCAACGUGGAGUUCACCAACAUGGAUGACAAACCACAGAGGUACAUUGCAGACAUGUUCACCACGUGCGUUGACAUCCGCUGGAGGUAUAUGCUCUUGCUCUUUUCCCUGGCGUUUCUGGUGUCCUGGUUAUUGUUUGGGCUGAUUUUCUGGUUAAUUGCACUCAUUCAUGGAGACCUAGAAAACCCAGGUGGAGACGAUACCUUCAAGCCUUGCGUUCUGCAGGUCAAUGGCUUUGUGGCUGCUUUUCUGUUCUCCAUUGAGACCCAAACGACUAUUGGUUACGGCUUCCGCUGCGUGACGGAGGAGUGUCCGCUCGCGGUCUUCAUGGUGGUGGUUCAGUCCAUCGUGGGGUGUAUAAUUGACUCUUUCAUGAUUGGUGCAAUAAUGGCAAAAAUGGCCAGGCCCAAAAAAAGGGCCCAGACAUUACUUUUCAGCCAUAAUGCAGUAGUGGCAAUGAGAGAUGGAAAACUCUGCCUGAUGUGGAGAGUUGGGAACCUCCGUAAAAGCCACAUAGUAGAAGCCCACGUACGAGCUCAGCUAAUUAAGCCCAGGAUCACAGAGGAAGGGGAAUACAUACCCCUCGACCAAAUAGACAUCGACGUGGGGUUUGAUAAAGGCUUGGACCGUAUUUUCUUGGUGUCCCCCAUCACCAUUCUCCACGAGAUCAACGAAGACAGCCCCUUGUUUGGGAUCAGCCGCCAGGACUUGGAGACAGAUGACUUUGAGAUCGUCGUCAUCCUGGAAGGCAUGGUAGAAGCCACAGCCAUGACGACGCAAGCUCGGAGCUCCUACCUGGCCAGUGAGAUCCUCUGGGGCCACCGCUUCGAGCCUGUCCUAUUUGAGGAGAAAAAUCAGUACAAAGUAGACUAUUCCCACUUCCACAAAACCUAUGAGGUCCCGUCCACGCCACGUUGCAGCGCCAAGGACUUGGUGGAGAACAAAUUCCUGCUGCCCAGCACCAACUCCUUCUGCUACGAGAACGAACUGGCCUUCAUGAGCCGCGACGAGGAAGAGGAAGACGAUGACAGCCGGGGUUUGGAGGACAUCAGCCCUGACAACAGGCACGAGUUCGACAGGCUUCAAGCCACAAUAGCGUUGGAUCAACGGUCGUACAGGAGGGAGUCAGAAAUAUGACUCUUGGUCCUUCCGCUGACUUUUCCAAGGGUAUUUUUUUUCCUUCCUCUAAUCUCUUCCCCUAAAACCCGCUCAAAAUUAUGCAGAACAAUGCAAGUGCCAUAGGAAUGCUUGAGAAAUUAGUCUCGUUCAUAGUUUUCAGUUUCAUCGCAAUAACCACUGAGCGGUCUGCAGGAGGGGACGGUGGCAGCCCACGGCGCGUGUCCCGCGCCCGGCGCCCGCGGCGGGGCCGGCGGCUGCGGGGGGGAUGGACAGACGGACGGACGGAUGGACAGAUGAAGAGAGGAGGUUCCGUGGGGCGCGGGCAGGCGCUGGCCCCACACGGCCCCGCGGGGCUUUGCUCCCCCCCGCGGGGGAAAACGCCAGCCUUGUCUUGGAGCCGAGCACUGCGAGAUCCAAAAAAGAGGAAAUAUCAGGAAACGAAUCUUACUCUCUCUUUCUCUUUCUAGUUUUUUUUUUUCCUUUUAUUUUUUAACUGAGCAGGAACAACAAAAAAAAUUACUCCUUCGGCAGGCGGUCUGGUUCAGUUGCACAAGAACAACACUUGAAAUAACAUGCAACGUUAACUUACUUCUUUUUAAUUUGGGGAAAAAACGGGGGAGGGAGGUGAGAGGGUUUUUAAUUUUUUCACCGAACCGUUUGGGAGACUGUUUACCAAAAUAAUAAUAAUAAUAAUUAUUAUAAUUAUAACAAUAAUAAUAAUAAUAAUAUUAAAUCUGAAA